GGUAAUCCAAAAAUUAAAACUUAUGUACUAGGAACACCGAAAUGGAAGAUCCCAAUGCAACGGAAACCCUCCAGGCACUGGCAUCGAACUUCAAUGCAGAAGCUGAAAAUUUGAGCUGGUGCCAGAUCGAGAGCGAUCCCGGUGUCUUCACACAGCUGAUACGUGACUUUGGCUGCGUGGGAGCGCAGAUGGAGGAGAUCUGGAGCCUGGACCCAGACACAUUCAAGAGCUUGGAGCCGAUACACGGCCUCAUCUUUCUCGUCAAGUGGUUGGCGGACGAACAGCCCACUGGCCGUGUGGUCAGCGACCUUGGCAACAUCUACUUCGCCCAGCAGGUGGUCAGGAAUUCCUGCGCCACCCAGGCCAUCAUCAGUCUGCUGCUCAACCUUAGUCACCCGGACAUCGAACUCGGAGAGACACUAACGCGCUUUAAGCAUGUCACCCGCGAGUUGGAUCCGCUCAGUCGCGGCUACUGCCUGAGUAACGAAGGGAAGAUCCGCACAGCCCAUAACUCGUUCGCCCGUCCCCGUAUAAGUCUCCAGCCACGUUCCACUUUCGUUGUGGACGAACCCCAGCAAGACGAGAGCGAUGCAGACGUCUACCACUUUGUCGGCUACAUGCCCAUAGGCGAGAAGCUCUACGAGCUGGAUGGCUUGCGGAUGGGACCCACGGAGUUGGCCGAGAUCGGACCGGGCCAGAACUGGCUGGACAUCGUCCGGCCGAUAAUCGAGGAGCGCAUGCAGCGCUACAGCGCCGAUGAUCUCAACUUCAAUCUGAUGGCACUGGUCUCGGACCGGCAGAGCUUCUACGAGAGCCAAAUCGAGCAGUUCCAACGGCGCUCGCUACAGAUGCCGAAAUCCCAGCGAGAGUCGGAGAUGAACCAUCUGCUCGACAGACUGCGAAUCGAGAAGGAGAAGAACCGUCAAUACCGCAUUGAGAACACACGCCGUCGUCACAACUACUUGCCCUUCAUCGUGGAGCUGCUCAAGCAGAUGGGGAAGAACGGCCAACUACUGCCAAUCUUGAAGCAGGCCCAGCCAUAUAUGCCUAUAUCAUUUGAUGGACAUGUACCAAAUGGAGCGAAAGAUAUUGAUGAUUCUCAUUAAACGAAUUGCGUAUCCGGUUCCUAAGAUUACUGUCUUUCACUGCCUUUUGUUGAUAUCUGCUAGCUA